GUCCGCGGCGGAGCGAUCUGCUCGACGACAAAGAGAUGUGAUGUUGUCGGCAGGGAGAUCCCAUUACAGAGGACGCACGUUGUAAUAUGGUCGAAACAAAAGCGUGAGAAGCGAUAUAGGCCUGACCCCCUAAAAAAAACACCAGAUUCCUCAAAAAAUUACGAGUUGUGUAGUCGCUAAAACUUAAGUGGAUUUAUUUGCAACUCGCGUGGGAAAUGGAGAAGAAAAGAUGGGAUUGCUCUGCUCUCCCCAAGGGCUGGAAAAUGGAAGAAGUGACCAGAAAGUCGGGUUUGUCAGCUGGGAAAAGCGAUGUCUAUUAUUUUAGUCCGUCUGGGAAGAAGUUUCGGAGCAAGCCUCAGCUGGCCAGUUACCUUGGUAACCAGAUGGACCUCAGCUCCUUUGACUUCCGCACGGGGAAGAUGCUGAUGAGCAAGCUUAACAAGAACCGCCAGAGACUGCGCUAUGAUAACAACAACCAGAACAAGGGUAAACCCGACUUGAACACGUCGCUCCCAGUCAGACAGACGGCCUCCAUUUUUAAGCAGCCUGUUACCAAGGUUACCAACCAUCCCAGCAACAAAGUCAAGACAGAUCCUCAAAAAGCUGUCGACCAACCCAGACAGCUGUUUUGGGAGAAGAAACUCAGUGGUCUGAAUGCUUAUGACAUUGCAGAGGAGCUGGUGAAAACCAUGGAGCUGCCCAAAGGCCUACAAGGCGUUGGUCCAGGCUGCACGGACAAGACUCUCCUGUCGGCCAUUGCGAGCGCCCUCCACACCAGCGCAGCUCCCAUCACUGGCCAGCUGUCUGCUGCUGUCGAGAAAAACCCCGGCGUCUGGCUCAACACCACCCAGCCGCUGUGCAAGGCCUUCAUAGUCACUGAUGAAGACAUCAGGAAACAGGAGGAGCUGGUGUACAGUGUGAGGAAGAGGCUGGAGGAGGCGCUCAUGGCUGACAUGCUGGCUCAUGUUGAGGAGGCCGCCAGUGAAGGAGAAGCUCUGAAGGAGGAGGGCAACAGCAGCGAGGACACGGAGGGCGUAUAGCACAGGGUUUUGCGAAGUCCGGAAGGGUUUGUCCGACACCCGCUCACACAUGACCAUGAACAGUAGGAGCCCUCCACCAGUCCGACCCCGAAGAACUCCUCCUGCGUCUCUGCUCCUCGAUUAAAGCUAAGCCUCACCCACACCAGUUCGACCUACAGAACAGUCUUCCCCCUCGCCUCACCCUCUGUCCUGCGCUGCGAGUCUCAGGCGCUGCCAUCCACCAUCUCCCCCGCUGGUUGGGACUCUGGACUCCAGCGCUCACGAAACAACUCAGACUGAGUCAUCCUUAAACCAGUUGACCGUAAUAAUGACAUUUUAAAAUUGUUCCCUCAACAAAAGAAGACAGCAACUUUCAAGGAUUAAAAAAGUUUAUCAAAUUCAGUGUUCAAUAAUACGUGUAUUUUCUACUAAAAGGCAUUGUAUGGGUUUGCAUUUUUUGCGACAAUCAUGUCAAAUCUAAACCUUUUAUGUACACAGGUUCAAAAAGUAAUUUGGGUGCUUUUUUUGUUUCGGGCAGAUUGGAAAUGAAUGUUUUGUAUUUUUGACAUGUCUAUUUCUGGAAUUUUAUGAUGCACUCCAUGAGUAGUACAACGCAACACACACGGACUGUCUUUUAUAGUGGAUCCACAUGAGUAGAAUGCAACUCUAUUGAGUAGAACUAAUGUGUUUCAGCCUCAGGGCCAAUAUGAAAUAGUUUAGUUGGUGAAGUUGCUGAUACAGAUAUUGCGAUCUGAAAUGUGUGUAAAUCCAUUUGAGGAGACAGUUAUUCAGUUUUCAUUGUAUUCUCAAGGAAAUAUUAUCUUUUGAUGUCAGUUGUUACAAAUCAUGUUUCAGUAUUGACCAAAGAGGAGCCAUGUCAUUUGAGAGGAGAUUUAAGACUUUUCCAGUUUUGUCUAGCUAUUUUACCCUAAAGCAAUCACUCGGCCCUGUUAUUGCAGUCAAAAAUUAAAGUAAAUAUGAUGGUGAUUAGCACAAUGGCAAGAAAUGACUUGAAACCUCUUUCUAUUGUAUAAUUGUUACUGUUUUUAACACUCAUUAUAUCAUAUAGGUGCUUACUGACGUUGUGAAACAUUGCUGUUUUGUGCCAAAGCUUUGUUUCUCCCACAGCCUCAGUUCAUUUUGGUUGUUUUUUUUUUUUUUUUUUUGGUUAGUGAUACCACACACAUGCUGCCUCCUAGUAAACCCACGCACAAAAUUGGUGACAAAUUAAGUUACAAUUGAUAUGUUGUUUGAAUCUUCAUUUAUUUUUGAGGGAGAGAGUCAUUUUGUAUGUUUUAUCCCUAUUCCUCAAGGUUUGAUGGUGAUUCAUGUAUCCAACUGAAAAUUAUGAAAUCCCCUACUCAAUAUCAGCAGGCUGAUUGCUGAAAUGAUUUGAUUGUAUUACUUAUUAAAAUGAGUCAGUAUGUCA